AUGUCUGAAACAACGCCCGCUGGACAUUCCCUGGAAAAUCCCUUGGAUGCUGACAUACUACAGACAUUCUCUGAAGACGAACGUCACGAGCCGUGGUUUCCCCGGGUAUACAGCGCAGAGCAAGACUUACCGUUCGCCGCGGAUGGUGUUUCGCCGUCGCUUCCCGGGAGGCGCAUUGAGAACGCUAUAGGUAUUUACGAACCAUUUCGAGAGCUUCGAUGUGUCCGCAAGUUCAUCACCGAGCACGGAAUGGAUGCAGGAGAACCAUCGAUCCGACGACAGAUGGUCCAGGAGGCGAAAUUAUUGUACGCUGCUCGCCAUUACCAUGUCGUUCGGCUCCUACAGACAUACUUUCAAGCAUUUGAUGAGGACGAAUACCCAUUCGCGAUUAUUAUGGAGAGGGUUGACAAGAAUCUUCGACACUAUCUACGGCGAGGAAGGACGCCCUCGGCGUCGUGGUUCGGUUGUCUGAUCCAAGUGGUCCACUAUAUUCAUGGACUUGGCAUUCGUCACCGAGAUAUAAAAACCAGGAAUAUCUUAAUCAAGGACGGGAGGCCUUUGCUUGCGGACUUUGGCCUGUCUCAAAUGGGAUUAGGGAAGACAAUGCCCACAACCAUUGCCACCCGCAUCCCUGGCCGAACCCCCGGCUACUGUGCUCCAGAAGUUGCCAACGGUAGCACUCGUGGUCGAUCUGCAGACAUAUUUUCUUUGGGUGCAGUAUUCCUUGAAAUGCUUGCAGCGCUAGAGGGACCACAAAGCCUGGGACAUCUCCGCAGUAUCGUUCCCGAAGAUAGUGGUUCUUACAGCGAGAAUGUUGGCAACCUUCAAAAUUGA